UUGAAGAGGUGGGGCGUUUUCUGGACUCCCAGCUCCAGUUGUUGAUUUUCCCUCAGAGUGAUUUUUCCGCUCGGGUUUAAAACAUUUGUGCAGGAUUUCGGGCUGGAGAUAUUUUUCCUACGUGUGACUUUUCUGUUGAUUCGUUUCUCCACGAAGGCUUAAGUCUGAUCGGCUGCCAUGACAACAGAGGCGGGGUCAGAGGCGGAGGUGAAGAAGGAGCCGGAGGAGCAGCAGUCUGAGGAGCAGCAGGUGGAGGACCCCAGCGCAGAGAGCACGCAGAACACUGACACACAACCUGCCCCGGAGAACCCUCAGAACCUUGAGAACCCAGAGAACGAGGAGGCGGAGCCUGCUGAGCCCACAAGCCCCGCCUCUUCCAGCGGGCAGAAGAAGGACAAGGGCAUCUCUCGUUUCCUGCCCUCAUGGGGCAAACGGCAGAAAUCCCUAAGCCAAGUGGAGUCUAAAGACACGCCCACUCAGACACAGGAAGAGGAAGAGGAGGAGCCAAAGGGAGAAGGCGAGUCACCUGAGAGGAAGCAAGAGCAGAACUCUGUGUGCAGCUCAGAGACACAGCCAGGGAACGAGGAGUCUGUGAAGAAAGGAGGAGAGGAGCAGAGCACCGUCGUGUCUCCUCUGAAACCUGGAAAGAAGAUGAAGACGGUGGUGUGUCAUGUGACCAUGCUGGACGGGAGCCAGUUCCAGUGUGAGGUGGAGAAGCGAGCCAAGGGUCAGUUCCUGUAUCAGAAAGUGUGUGAACACCUGAACCUCCUGGAGAAGGAUUAUUUUGGGCUGAGCUUCAGAGACAACGCAGACCAUCGGUGCUGGCUUGAUCCGAUGAAGGAGAUCAAACGUCAGAUUCGCAACUCUCAGUGGCAGUUUGUUUUCAACGUGAAGUUUUAUCCAGAUCCCUCACAGCUCUCUGAGGACCUCACCAGGUAUCUGCUGUGUCUGCAGUUGAGGCAGGACAUCGUGUCUGGUCGGUUGCCGUGUUCCUUCGUCACUUUGGCUGUGCUCGGCUCCUACACCUUACAGGCGGAGCUCGGAGAUUACGACACGGCCGAGCAGCAGCUCCACUCCAUCGCUGACUUCCAGCUCGCUAAAGAGCAAACCAAAGAGCUUGAGGAAAAAGUUCUGGAGUUGCACAAGACCUACAGGGGAAUGUCUCCAGCUCAGGCUGAUGUUAAUUUCUUGGAAAAUGCCAAAAAGCUGUCCAUGUACGGCGUUGACCUUCAUCAUGCAAAGGACUCAGAAGGCGUGGACAUCAUGUUAGGAGUGUGUGCUAGUGGUCUGUUGAUCUACAAAGAGCGCCUGAGGAUCAACCGCUUUGCCUGGCCGAAGAUUCUCAAGAUUUCUUACAAACGCAGCAACUUUUACAUCAAGAUCAGACCAGGAGAGGCGGAGCAGUUUGAGAGCACGGUGGGAUUUAAGCUGCCCAAUUAUCGUGCUGCUAAGAGGGUUUGGAAAGUCUGCGUAGAGCAUCACACCUUCUUCAGGUUGUCGAAUCCGGAGCCACCGACUAAGUCGAAGUUCCUGACUCUGGGUUCUAGGUUCCGUUACAGCGGGAGAACCCAGGCUCAGACCCGACAGGCCAGCACUCUGAUCGACAGACCCGCUCCACACUUCCUCCGCACAGGCAGCAAACGCAGCUCACGCAGCCUUGACACUGCUCCUGCGAGCGAUCGCGGUUACGGCGAGAACGGCCGUGACCCCGCCCUGGACCUGUCCUCCGAUUCCAAGAUUCCACAGGUGAAAGAGGGGGCGGAGCCUGGAGAGGCCACAGCCACAGAAGGUGCUGCUGAACCCGUAGCUGAGACUGAGACAGACGGACCAGAUGCUUCUAAAUCCAAGAGCAAGCUGAGAGUGCAGGGAGAGAAUAUUUAUGUCAGACAUAGCAAUCUAAUGCUGGAGGAUCUGGAUAAGACUCAGGAGGAUGUUUUGAGGCAUCAGGCUAGCAUUAGCGAGCUAAAACGCAGUUUUAUGGAGGCGGCUCCAGAACCUCGGCCCAGUCAGUGGGAAAAGCGUCUGACGGGCAGCCCCGCCGCAACCAUCCUGCGUCCGCCCGUCCCAGGGAUAAACCCCGCCCCCCUCGAGAGCGCACUGUCUGACAGCGGUGACAUCAGCAAGAACGAACAGAAUUCAGGGCUUAACGGUCAGCCCGAGGUUAUAGAAGUCAUGAAGGAGAUCAUCGUUAUCGAAGAGGGUAAAAGAACUACGCCCAAAUGCCCGGUUCCUGAUGUGUCCACCGAUGUAACCAUGGUUACAGAGAAAGCCCCGGAAGCGAAGGAAGAGGAGGAGGAGCCGGAGAAGAGCGGAUCGUCAGAGAGCGAGAGCGAAGAGGAGGCGGAGUAUCAUGCUCAGCUUCCCACCUCCACAGACUCCACCCAGCUUAUCAAAGAAGAGCCUGAAGAAGAGCAGGAGCAAAAGGUGGAGCUUAAUGAAGAAGCCACACCUACAGAGGCGGAGCUACAGCCAGUGAGCGAGUCCUUGAAAGAAGAGAAGCCAUCAGCACCGGCAGAAGAGGACGUAUCUGGAGAUGAAGUCUUGGUGACACCCGAUGAAGCACCCAAUGGUCACGCUGAUGAAGCUGAAGCUCCACCCACUCCAUGUGCUGUGGCUGAGGAGCAAGAGGAGGAGACUCGUGCCGUCAACGGUGACGCGUCUCACACGGAAACGGAGCGCGUGCCGCAGGUGAUCUGUUGCUCGGAGCCCCCGGUGGUGAAAACAGAAAUGGUGACCAUCUCAGACACCUUUGCGGCUCAGAAGACGGAGAUCACCACGACGGAGGUCCCCAUCGUUCACACGGAAACCAAAACCAUCACAUACGAAGCUGCUCAGACGGAUGGUGCCGGAGAUGGUGAGCCCGGUGUACUCAUGACAGCGCAGACCAUCACCUCGGAGUCUCUGUGUACAACCACUACUACACACAUCACCAAGACACUAAAAGGCGGGCUCUCAGAAACACGGAUCGAGAAGCGCAUCGUCAUCACAGGCGACUCUGACAUUGAUCAUGACCAGGCCUUAGCCCAGGCCAUAAAAGAAGCCAAAGAGCAGCACCCGGACAUGUCUGUGACCCGUGUGGUGGUGCACAAGGAGACGGAGCUGUCUGAGGACGAGGAGUAAAGAGCUGAAGCCUAUGUUUCAUCUUACAUUAACUUUCUGGUGGACAUCUCUCCCUGCGUCCCCCCGCGUCCCCCUCCUAGCGAGUGAUGGUGUCUCUCAGUGAGGACGAGAGCAGGACGACGCUCUGUUUAUCGUUAUAAGAAAGAAACCACUUCAGCUAAUAUUUUGUAGUGUUUAUUAUUGUUUUUAUUAUUUUUAAUUUUUUUCCCCCUAAAAUAUUGUUCAAUGUUUAUUACUCCAGAUGGGAUCCCCCCCCCUCUCCCUCCCUCCCCCCACAGACCCCCGCGUUCAGCAUGAUGAAUUUUACAGAGUUGCUAUUGAAGGUCCCCUCGGGUGGAUAAAGCCUCUAUACUCUCUACUCGCUCUUAUAUAAAUAUAUAUUUAAUAAAACAAACAGUUUUGAUCACAGACCAUUUUUUAAAAGUAGGAGGGGUUUAAUGUUUUUAAGGAGAAGUAGGCGGGGCUUCUGAUGAUCCUCAGUCUCAUUGGCGUGUUUUUAGGGACCAGCUUGUGUUGGUUUACUUGCACAUCAGUGCCAAUCCUUCCUCUACACACACACACACACACUCAGACACACACACACACACACUCAGACACACACACACUCACACACACACACACACACACACACACUCUCAGAGAGACACACUCUCAGAGAGAGACACACACACACUCACUCAGACACACACACACUCAGAGACACACACAGACACACACACACACACAUAUACAUUCCACCACAGGGAGGUGCGCUUCGUCUACCUCUACUAGUAAUAAAAGAUAAAAAAAGACAAAUAAAACCUGGUACAAAACGACCAAAAGGAGAUUUCCUGACGUCUCUCGGCAGAUUUCCUGACGUCUCUCGGCAGAUUUCCUGACGUCUCUCGGCAGAUUUCCUGACGUCUCUCGGCAGAUUUCCUGACGUCUCUCGGCAGAUUUCCUGACGUCUCUCGGCAGAUUUCCUGACGUCUCUCGGCAGAUUUCCUGACGUCUCUCGGCAGCUCGGCGUGUCCCACUUUUCAUACGCAGAUUUUAUUCCUCCUAAAAUUCCUGUUUGUACAAAUGAAGCAUCAUCGUUCCCUUUUUUACACAUUUUAUUAAACUUUUUUCCUUCAGUUUGGUUUUCACUACAUGUCAUUUUUACAGCAGAAUAAAAACAAGACUGUUCUCACCCCCCACCCCACCCACCCCACCCUGUGUACCUGUGUACACUCAGGCACUCGUCUUUCCCACCUCUGUCUCUUCAUCAGCUCGUUCUUUGUGUUUGCGGCUCCUCUCUCUCACCACUUCCUCUCAUCUCUUUGUCUAACGAUGUUCAAAUAAAAGUUUGUUUAUUCUCUAA